UCCUAAAUAUCAAUUUCAACAUGGCACCGCAUGCAGAGGCUGUUACCAGCACAUACGCCAGAACCACUAACUUCCCCAAGCCACCAAGAGUCUCAAACGACAGCCUGAGCCGAACCGUAUCGGAUAUCUCUUUUCUAACCAAGGACGUGCUCGAGAGUUACAAAAAAGCUGCACCACCACCAGCAGGAGAUGAUGAGAACCAGCUGCCGCCGAUAUCCGAAGUCGAAGACGCAAAGUGCGAGUGUUGCGGGAUGAGCGAAGAGUGUACACCGGAGUACAUCGAGCGAGUCCGGAACAAACACAUGGGGAAAUGGAUAUGUGGACUAUGUUCCGAGGCGGUGAAAGAAGAGAUGGAGAAAAUAGGAGGGGAUCAUAAAAACAAGAUAGAGGAAGCACUAGGUGCACAUAUGAACAGGUGUGCCAAGUUCAACAAGUUCGGAAGAGCUUAUCCGGCGCUCUUGACGGCAGAAGCCAUGAGGGAGAUACUGAGGAAAGGAUCGAGACCCGAAGGGAAAAGUCUUAGGGCUAAGACUUUUAGCCAUAGGGAUAAUCGAGGAGCUCAAAACAAAGGUGGGAUUACUAGGAGUUCCAGUUGCAUUCCGGCAAUCGUGAGAGAGAUGAAGGAUCUCAGGUUUGCAAACUGAUGAUAAUCAUAUCUAUAAUUUGCUCAUUGUUAUUUUGCCUUGGACUAUCUUCUUCUUCUAUGGGUCGAGCCUUGUACUCAUCACCAUGACAGUGAUGGAGUUUUUUUGGGUUGGAUCCCAACUAUGUUUUAUACAUGAAAAUCAACUCAAGGAGUACAUUAUUUUUCUAACCCUGGUUGAUUUGCUUUCUAAUCUUGCUUUAGAGUAAAUCAUGUAU